ACCAGCCUGGCUCACAGACUCGUGAAUCGUGAAGGCUCGGUAACGCAGCUUCCGCUCUACACAUCUCCUUCUUUGCCCAACAUCACACUAGGACUGCCUGCCACCGGCCCUUCCAGCGGAGGAUCAGCGCAGCAGGAUGCGGAGAGACUAACCAUCCCAACCUUACAGCAGCGGAUCUCUUUAUUUCCUGGCACCCACCUCACCCCCUACUUGAGCACUACAACGUUGGAAAGAGAUGGGGGAACUGCACAUAACCCUCUCCUGCAACACAUGGUCUUACUGGAACAGCCAACUGCACAAACUCCCUUAGUCACAGGACUGCCCCUCCAUGCACAGUCUCUGGUUGGUGGAGAACGGGUCUCCCCUUCAAUACACAAACUCCGGCAGCAUCGCCCACUGGGGCGCACGCAGUCUGCUCCCCUUCCCCAGAACGCCCAGGCGCUCCAGCAGUUAGUGAUCCAGCAGCAGCACCAGCAGUUCUUGGAGAAACACAAACAGCAAUUCCAGCAACAGCAACUGCACAUCAACAAGAUUAUAUCAAAACCCAAUGAACCAGCUCGCCAGCAUGAAAGCCACCCUGAGGAGACAGAAGAAGAGCUACGGGAACACCAAGCCCUUUUGGAGGAGCCAUACAGCGACAGGGUCACAAGCCAAAAGGAGGCCCCAGGGCUGGCCAACAUGGUGCAGGUGAAGCAAGAACCCAUCGAGAGUGAUGAGGAGGAAGCAGAGCCACAGCAGGAGCUGGAGUCUGGGCAGAGGCAGGCUGAGCAGGAGCUGCUCUUCCGUCAGCAAGCCCUUCUGUUGGAGCAGCAACGUAUUCACCAGCUGAGAAACUACCAGGCGUCGCUGGAGGCGGCCGGCAUGCCCGUCUCUUUCGGAGGGCAUCGGCCUCUGUCCCGUGCACAGUCCUCGCCCGCCUCGGCCACCUUCCCGAUGUCCGUACAGGAGCCACCCACUAAGCCAAGGUUCACGACAGGCCUUGUAUAUGACACCUUGAUGCUGAAACACCAGUGUACCUGUGGAAACACAAACAGCCACCCAGAGCACGCGGGGAGGAUCCAGAGCAUCUGGUCCCGGCUCCAGGAGACGGGUCUCCGUGGCAAGUGUGAGUGCAUUCGUGGAAGAAAAGCAACUCUAGAAGAGCUGCAGACAGUUCACUCGGAAGCCCAUACGCUGCUGUACGGCACAAACCCUCUGAACAGACAGAAACUGGACAGCAAGAAACUUCUAGGUUCUCUAACGUCGAUGUUUGUCAGGCUUCCUUGCGGUGGUGUCGGGGUCGACAGCGACACGAUUUGGAAUGAAGUUCACUCGUCCGGUGCUGCUCGCCUGGCUGUGGGCUGUGUCAUCGAGCUUGUUUUCAAAGUAGCCACGGGAGAACUGAAGAAUGGAUUUGCUGUUGUUCGGCCUCCAGGUCACCACGCAGAAGAGAGCACACCCAUGGGUUUCUGCUAUUUUAACUCCGUUGCAAUCGCAGCCAAGCUGCUCCAGCAAAGACUGAACGUUAGCAAAAUCCUUAUAGUGGACUGGGAUGUUCACCACGGGAAUGGUACUCAGCAAGCUUUCUACAACGAUCCUAAUGUUCUUUAUAUUUCACUACAUCGCUAUGAUGACGGGAACUUCUUUCCAGGCAGUGGUGCUCCCGACGAGGUUGGCACAGGAGCUGGAGUUGGUUUCAAUGUUAACAUGGCCUUUACUGGUGGCCUUGAUCCACCGAUGGGAGACACAGAAUACUUAACUGCUUUCAG